AUGACUAUCACUAUUCCUGAAGAGUACGCCGAGCUUAUGAAGCAUAAUAGAGAUGGCCAUUACCUAUAUACCCCUCAGUCAUUCAGUCAGCUCCACCCCGGUGCGGUCGGCUUUUUCGAUGAAGCCGGAGAAUGGAACUUGAUUACCGACCUCUCUAUUCCCGGCCGUCCUGAGGAGAAUGGUUUCACGGCUCCUAAAAAGGUGGUCACCUACGAGACACCCAAAGAGAAAAUCUGGAAAACUACAAGUUCGAGCAAAGAAGCUGAGGCUAGCUUUGGACUCUCAGGAGGUCUUUCGGGUGCUCUUUCUUCUGCCCCAAUUGAUGUAUCUGCCGAGGCGAAGAACAAAUGGGGCCAGACUGGUAAAGCAGCCCUCAUCACAGACGACUCUGUCGUCGUGAAUGAAUGGCUGAAGGCUCCAUGCAGAGAUGUCAUUACGGAUUGGGUAGAGAAAAACGCGAAAGAGCUUGUGAAGGGGGAGUGGGGUACCUAUAUUAAAGACUUUGGGCUAUGGGCUAUCAAAAAGACAUGGUCUACUCAAGAAUGCGCCAUUACCAUGGAGAGCGCACAUAGCCGGGAUACCAGCGGUGGGUUCGAUGUUGGAGCCACUGGUAUUGCCAAGGUCGGAACCAAUGCAUCGUCAAAUUCCAAGACGAACAGUGAGGGAUGGAGAACGUACAAAGCUACAGAGGAGGAUAAGGGACUUGUGGUCUCGUACGGAGGAGCCGCCUUCAGGCUUCACAAGGUUUCAAUGUUCCACCGCAACCCACUCAAACAAACCGAGAGAACGAAUGAAACUGUCUCGGCUGCCGUCCAGUAUCCCAAGCCUGUCUACGACGAGAACGGAAAUCAGAUUGGAGAAGAGUACUACAAGGCCGUGUUUAAUGAAAACGGGGAGGUGGUCGGAGAGGAGAAGGUUGACGUGGAAGCCGAGAGGAAGGCGGAAGAAGAGAAGGAGAAGCAACUACAGGAGAAGAUGCAGAAGCAACUUGAAGAACAGAGACAACAGGAGGAGGACGAAUUUGUCUUCCAAGCCGGUGAUGUCGUUGGAGAAGACGAUGAUGAGGCUGAAGCGGAGGAAGAAGCCGUUCGCGCGCUAGCAGAGGAGCGAAAGGCAUUCAAGGAGAAUGUUAUGAUGAUCAGCCAGAACGCCAGUCUUACUGAAGAACAGAAGAAGAAGGGACUGGCUGCACUGUUGGCUGCUAGUGCCACUGAGACCACUGAGACCGUGCAACCGGUGACUACGACCACGACUUUCACUCCGAAUUGA